AUGCUGGACGAUAACCAAAAAGCAUUUAAGCAAACGUACAAAAUGCAAUUAAUAAAAACAAACGACGGCAAUGUUCCAAACCUGCUUAACGCGCCCGACCGUGCGCGGCAAUUACCGCCACGCACGGCACGUGCAGCUGCACGUAACCCGCACGGGCCCUAA